AAGCCUCGGAGCUUCAGAGGAUCCAGAGCUUCUCUGCAGAGAAGUUCUGUUUGCUGCUGCAGACCAGAACCUCUGGGUCUCCCGGGACCAGAAUCUGCGUUCGUCCUCAGAGGGAGUUCCAGCAUUUUCCCAUGGUGCUCUCCUCUGAGAGGUCACCGCUCAGAGCGCCGCGCGCCUAUAAAGCUCUGCUCGUUCAUCUCCCGGACCCAGAUGGAUGAAGGAGGUGGGGGGAGGACUGUGCGGGAGGUGUCUGAUGACUCUCGUGAUGGACUGGAGAAGACCGGAGACUUUCUGGAGGACCGGAGGUUCCGGGCUGCGGGCAGGUGGGAUGUGACGUCGUGACUCCAUGUUGGUCCAGAGGCUCCGCCCUCUUGAGUUCUACACUCUGAUCUCUCCUGGAUCAGACAGAUCCGAUCAAGCUUCAGCCCCGCUCAGACCUGCAGAUCCUUUGGAUCGCUGAACCUCAGAGUUAUGGACUUCGAUCAGUGGUCCGUCCUCCCCCCCUCCCCCAACUUCUCCAUCCCAGACUCCCUCUUUUACGACGCCGACCUCGCAGCCAAUCAGUCGGAUCUGGACUUCAACGUGUCCAGCAGCAGCGGCCAUCAGCAGGACAGGACCAGUGUGAUGGUCCUCACCGUCAUCUCCUUCCUGGUGUGCGCGGUGGGACUGUGCGGCAACACUCUGGUGAUCUACGCCAUCCUCCGCUAUGCCAAAAUGAAGACGGUCACCAACAUCUACAUCCUCAACCUGGCGGUGGCCGACGUUCUGUGCAUGAUGACUUUGCCGUUCAUUGCCCUGCAGCUGGGGACGGACCGCUGGCCCUUCGGAGAAGUUCUGUGCAAGAUCAUCAUGACUGUGGACUCUCUCAACCAGUUCACCAGCAUCUUCUCUCUCAUGGUGAUGAGCAUCGACCGGUACCUGGCUGUGGUCCACCCCAUCAGGUCCACCAAAUGGAGGAAGCCCCGCAUGGCCAAGCUCAUCAACCUGACCGUGUGGGUGGUCUCACUCAUGGUCAUCCUGCCGACCAUGAUCUUCAGCGGCCUCAAUAAGGUGUGCGGCAUUGUGUGGCCGGAGCCUCAGGAGGUCUACUACAAUGCCUUCAUCUUCUACACCUUCUUCAUCGGGUUCUUCUUCCCGCUGGUGGUCAUCUGUAUUUGCUACCUGCUCAUCAUCGUGAAGGUGAAGUCCUCGGGAAUGCGCGUGUGCUCCAGCAAGCGCAAACGCUCCGAGCGUAAGGUGACCCGGAUGGUGUCCAUCGUGGUGGCGGUCUUCGUCCUGUGCUGGCUGCCCUUCUACAUCUUCAACGUCACCUCCGUCACCGGCACCAUCCCGUCCUCCGCCGCCAUGAAGAGCACCUUCUUCUUGGUGAUCGUGCUGGGCUACACCAACAGCUGCGCCAACCCCGUCCUCUACGCCUUCCUGUCAGACAACUUCAGGAAGAGCUUCCAGAACGUCCUGUGCCUGAAAAAGGGGGCGGGUCUGGACGAGAUGGAGCGCAGCGACAGCAGGGCGGACCGGAGCCGGAUGGUUAACGAAGCUGCGCUCAUCAACGCCAACCUGGAGACCCACAACGCCGCCCUGCUGAAUGGCGAGCUGCAGACCAGCAUCUGAGGGAGGGGCGGAGUCGUGCAGACAUGUGACGCCCCCGCUCACACAUGGGGGGCCGCAGGACUCACUAGAGCAAAGGCCAAACGAAAUGAAAGGACUUUCCAGGUCACGUCGGUGUUCGGAUGAUGGAUGACUGAGAUGAAGGUUUCUCCAGGAGUUUGGAUCUGCUGAGGAGUUCAGGUCCAGAAGAACCUCCUGCUGCUUUCCACCAUCUAGCUGAAGGAAGGAAGAGCCUUUCUGCAGUCACUCAUACGUCAGACAUGAACGCUGGACACUGAUCUAGCCCUACCUGAGAGUGAAACCACCUUCUGGUCCAUCCGCCCCCCCAGGACUGUUAGUGCCGACCUGAAGAACUCUCAGAUUUCAGAACGUAAAUCUGAGACUCUGAGCGUGGAGCCGACUGGACUUCUUCCAUCAUCCGUCAAAGACGGAGAACCAGACUUUCCUUUUGAUCCAUGUUCAGAUCCUCGUAAGUAACGGCUUCCAGGACUCUCUGAAACUAAAUCAAAACUGUGAGACUCAGAGACUGAAUGAAGACGUUUGCCCCCCACCACCACGAUCCUGAGCCCCUCUGGCUGUGGAGACGCUCUGCUUGCAGGUCGCAGCUCGUUCUCUGUGGGUCUGGAGGCUGAACGAACGUCUGUCUCUGAGCUGGAACGGUCCAGAAAGUUCUUCUGGGUGACAUCAGUGGUGUGAAGGUGGUGCCAGAAGAUCAGCUGACAGGAACCUGAAGAACAUCUAGAAGCUGAGGUCCUCUGAGGGUCGGUCUGCUGCUGGUUCUGAUCACAGGUUUGGGGGUUUAUCUAAACUCCCCUCAUGGUUGAAUACGUAGAAGCAGGUGUGACAUUGGUUGGUGAACCCAUCUCUGGGGACCGGUCAGGGGGCCAUCAGACAGACGGACUCGGUUGGAGGUUGCAGAGCUGGACGGAUCUGGAUUGAUGCAGAAAUGUUUGUGGAUUCAGACGAGGCUCAGAGAGGACAGAUGGUUCUGCCCGUCCGCCAGAUCCCUCCAGUGAUCACGUUUCUUCAAAACUCACAGACUUUUAAAUCUGAUACUGAACAGAUUCAAUCAGGAAUCCAUGAUGUGCUGAUCCAGAUCCAGAGGAAGUCCUCGGUUCUGGAAGGGUUCACUUCCAAGAAUAUUGCUUUGUCUGCAGAGACAGAAACUACAACUUAGACGGUCCUCGAGGCCUGGAUUCUGUGAUCUACAGAGACGGUCCUCGAGGUCUGGAUUCUGUAGUCCACAGAGACGGUCCUCAAGGCCUGGAUUCUGUGAUCUACAGACGGUCCUCGAGGCCUGGAUUCUGUGAUCUACAGAGACGGUCCUCGAGGUCUGGAUUCUGUAGUCCACAGAGACGGUCCUUGAGGCCUGGAUUCUGUGAUCUACAGACGGUUCUCGAGGUCUGGAUUCUGUAGUCCACAGAGACGGUCCUCAAGGCCUGGAUUCUGUGAUCUACAGAGACGGUCCUCGAGGCCUGGAUUCUGUGACUACAGAGACGGUCCUCGAGGUCUGGAUUCUGUGGUCCACAGAGACGGUCCUCAAGGCCUGGAUUCUGUGAUCUACAGACGGUCCUCAAGGCCUGGAUUCUGUGAUCUACAGAGACGGUCCUCGAGGUCUGGAUUCUGUAGUCCACAGAGACGGUCCUCGAGGCCUGGAUUCUGUGAUCUACAGACGGUCCUCGAGGCCUGGAUUCUGUGACUACAGAGACGGUCCUCGAGGUCUGGAUUCUGUGGUCCACAGAGACGGUCCUCAAGGCCUGGAUUCUGUGAUCUACAGACGGUCCUCAAGGCCUGGAUUCUGUGAUCUACAGAGACGGUCCUCGAGGUCUGGAUUCUGUAGUCCACAGAGACGGUCCUCGAGGCCUGGAUUCUGUGAUCUACAGACGGUCCUCGAGGCCUGGAUUCUGUGACUACAGAGACGGUCCUCGAGGCCUGGAUUCUGUGGUCCACAGAGACGGUCCUCAAGGCCUGGAUUCUGUGGUCCACAGAGACGGUCCUCGAGGCCUGGAUUCUGUGGUCCACAGAGACGGUCCUCAAGGCCUGGAUUCUGUGAUCUACAGACGGUUCUCGAGGUCUGUUCAUGUUCUUCAGAAGGAUCUGAACAGCAGAGUUUCCUCAUGAGGGAACGGGAGUGACAAUCCUGUGGUGCGUUCAAGGACGUGCUGGCUGAAGGUUCUUGAAUGCUUUAGCAGACGGUGUUCACACUGUAGCUACCUGAUACCAGCGCAUGAAUCUGCAGGUGGAAGAGUCAAAGAGUGUAAAUCUUUUUCUCUCUCUCUAUUCCGAUAAAUGAAAGAUUCCUAGAAUUCCAUGCGGACACAAACUGCAGAUGUUCAUUUCUCCUUCAUGAUGGACGUUCUACGGCUGCUUAUUCCGUACAUGUGAAGGGACGGCAGCCAUCUACCAAAACAGAGUCCCUGAUUGGUCAAAGUCCCACUGGUUAACCUUUUAACCCUGGUGUUAUCUGGUGGGGUCCAGAUCACUCUGAUGUAAACAUGCUAGGAUAGCACCGUGGUAACACGCGUGUUUAGAGGAGCCCGGAAACUGGAACUAAAUGAGAACAGAGUUAAAGCGACACGUGAACGUUUCUAACCUGGGAGGACGUUUUUCACUGGUCGCUUCAUGUUUCCGAGGUCGCAGCUCCAGACUUUAUUCAUGAGUAAUCCUAUCGCAGCUGUUGAACUUUGAAAAUCUGUAGUUUUGUCUCUACCAGAUAUUUAUUUCUAAUCCAGAUCCAGUUCAUGACCGAGGCUGAAAUCUUUGAAAGACUUUGUUUGAUUUCCAUCUUUUCCCUAAAAUCCGGUUUGUCUCAGUGGAUUUUGGCUCCCAUGAGCUUCAAACUCUGCCUCUAAUUCCACGGCACAGAUCCAGUUUGAGUCCGUGGGCGUCCCGUGACCCCCCAGGCGGGAGGCAGGUUGAUCCCUGGCUGUGCGGCACUGAGGGGGGGGCAGGAACGGUCCGAGAACAUGGUGUGGGAUCCGUCAUGACGUCUUCAGCGCUGCAGCAGCUUCUGCUUCCAGCUGAGUCGAGCAGCCCCCCCCUAUGGGGGGGUUGCAGACACACCUCCACCUGCCAGUCAGACAUGACUUAAUCAUCAGUUUUCCAGCUCCAGACAGCAGCUCUCCUGUCCGGGAGGAUCGGACCUCCUGGUGUGAAGGGCUGAGCGGCGCCCCCAGCGCUCGCCGACGGAGGGUUUGAACCUCCAGACGUGCCUUGUGGGUCGUGUGAACAGAACCUCCACAGCCCGUUUUUCAAAGCCCAGCGAAGGCCUUGCCCCUCCCCCUCACUGUUUGUGCUGAGUCAUGAUUGUAACGGCUCUCAAACGUCUUUGUUAUUAAAAUGCAGCUGUGGUCAAA